GGCACGCAUGCGCGCGUCGUCUGCGCGCGCUGAGGCAGGUUAGACGCCUCUCCCGCUUCCUCGCCCUUUCUCGGAAUAAAAGCUAGCCGUUGGGCGGGCUCUCUCGCGCACGCGCGUGGAACGGGAGGGAGGGGAGGGGGGGAAGUGGCGGGUCAGAAUUCCGAGACAGGCGGACACCGAGUCGCCGGGCUCACGCGCGGUUUCCUCUUCCGGGGUCUCCAUUUUGGCGCCUAGCAACGGGAAGUCAAGCGUCGGAACGGUGAAUCGGUUCUGGAAGCCCCGCGGCCUCAGGCUCCGCUUAGUUCCCACUUGUCAGCCGGGGCCCCCUGAGGCGAAUGUUUCCUAGGCCUCUGGCCUAGAAAUGUGGGGCGGACGUCGAGAGGCUUCUUGGCCUUCGCUCCUGACGGUGGGGAAGCUGAAGAACUUUUCUCCAAGUGUGUGAGGAGAAGAAGAGGAGGACGAGGAGAACCAACAGCAGUAACAGUAGGACUCGCAACUCACACUUUCCCGUGUAUAUUCACUGAAAUGUUCGUGGAAGGGAAUUGAGCACACAUAUCUCUGGCCAAACUUCCUGUUGUGCGCGCACACACCUGUAGUCUUCGGGCAAAAAAAAAAAAAUCUUAUUAAAACAAGUUGGGAACCAGAAAACAGUGCAUGUAGGUGAGUUUCAGGUUAAAUGCGAAUAGGAUAUGAAAGGUGAUUCUUACUGGUUUGACUCGACAUACCUUGAGUAAGCUUUUGUAUAUGGGAAUGGUCUCUCACGGUCAGCCCCGCCCCAUUUUUCUGUUUAGAAAUUAUCAGUGCUUUUUGAAUUGACCUGUUGUUCCUGCACCAGCAUCCUAUAUCUGUGCACGAUGUUUUGUAAAGCCAUUUUUGUAUCUAAAUUGGCAAGCAGCUUUUAAUAACAGCAUGAUGCCUACUUGUAAUGAAAAUACUGUUCUAUGCAAUGUAAAUGCAUGUAACUACAGUACUCAGAAGCUUGCACUGACUGCCCAUAUGCUACCAGUCCAGGUUCAAGGAUUUUGUAUUAAUUUUCAAGGCUUUUAGCAACUUGGACCUGGGAUACCUCAGGGACUGACUGAUCCUUUAUAUUCCUAAUCACUGGGGCCGUCAAGGGAGUUGCUGUUAACACACACCACUGCUCCAUGGCUCGGAUACAUGGUUUGUACCCACAAGGAGCCUUACUGUCAGUAUUUUGGGCCUCCUCCCUGUUGAUCUUCUCGUGCUUACUGAUGUUUUUUAUUGCAACAAACUUUUUUAAUGAAUUCUGAUUGUAUAGCGUUCGUUUAUUUUUCAUCUUACUGGACCUCCUGUACACUGAUUAGAGAUGACUAUGACUAAGCGUUAAACAAAUUGUUGAAAUUAACAGUAAAUACUAAGCAGGGUUCUUACUAGAAUUUUGAGCUUCACAGGCACAUGUGAAAAGCAGCUGCAGGUUUCUCUUUGGACUGGAAAGUGGUAUUUCAAUUCAUUUCAACCACUUUCAGUUAGUAAAAUAUGAAUACAUGCUUGUUUUCAUCCCAUUUAACAAGUGAAGAUAAGGACUUACGCUGUGUUCCUCCAUAUAUACAUAGAGAAGACUGAACCGAAUAAGGCUAGUUGGUUGUUAUGACGUUGACCACAUUUUGUUUUAAACAAAGAUCCUUGGUUCAUAUGUAAAGCUGAACCACAAUUCUUUAGCAAAACUAAACUUCGUAGAAGUCCUCCUCCUGCCCAGUUGUAAAGACAGGGGAACAUGCAAGCCCAGUACUUCUAAUACCUCAAGCUGUAAAUUGGCAGAGGAUAUAAUAAAAUAAAGCAAAGCACAGGCUCUUGAAUGAAUACCGAAUAUGUUGAUGCAGACUCAUAGUUGAUAGGACUGUUCUAUGUAGAACUUAAACAGCAGGGGUCGGCAAACUAAGGCCCCCGGGCCGGAUCUGGCCCACCUGGCUCCUAGAUCUGGCCCGUGCCGUGAAGCCAGAACCCGCUGCGAAGCCGAGACUCCUGGAGAUGGCAACGGGAGGAAGCGGCCAAGCGGCGGCAGCUCUGCCAAUCAAACGCUGUGCCUGGUUUACCUCAGCUGUGGUUUGAUUGGCAAAGCCGCCGCCGCUCGGCCUCUUUCUCCUGCCGCUGCCCUGGUGCUCCUGUGGGCCAGAGAGCGGAGCAGAUGAUCUCUCUCUGCCUAUCCGCUUCACGAGAAGUGGUGGUGGGGGUGACAGCGGCAGCAGCCCCUGGGAAGGUAAGCACAGCGUCUUCUUUCUCUAGGUGGGGAGGAAGCCCGUUUCACGCCACCAUCACCAGCCCUUCGGCGAAUGAGGCAGGCGGCAAACCAAGAAGGCGGCUGGGGCUGGGAGGAGGACUACUUGCCCCCCUCACAGUGUGCAUAGAAAUUUGUUUUAUAUAUACAGAUAGAUAGAUAGGCCGGCCCUCAACAAAGUCUGAGGGACAGUGGAGCGGCUCCCUGCGGAAAAAGUUUGCUCACCCAUUAUACAGUGUGCACAUCAAACAUACACCAUGGGAGAGGUGUGAUAAAAAGGUUAGAUCAGAGAAGGAUGUUGAGAACAUUGUAAGGUAAGGCGCCAAAUAGCUGAGCCAGUAGUGAUAACUUUUCUGCAUUUUUGAUGAUUCUAAGCAGAUGCUGUGUCAUGGUUUCAGAUGCUGAUGAUGCACUAGUCACCUUCCCUUAGACAGCAUGUCGAAGAAAUCGGAGGCUCCACUGUCCUUAUCUGACUGUCGCUGUAAUAUCUGCAUGGAGAUUUUACUGGAACCAGUCACACUGCCAUGCAACCACACUCUCUGCAAUUCCUGUUUUCAGCUUACAGUGGAAAAGAGCAGCCUGUACUGCCCUUUCUGUCGUCGGCGAGUCUCUUCUUGGGCACGAUAUAAUGCCCGCAAUAACACUCUUAUUAAUUUGGAAUUAUGGGAAAAGAUUCAAAAACAUUUUCCAGAAGAAUGCCAACGCAGAAUUAGUGGACAGGAUGUAGAAGAAGAUAGUGAGUAAACCUGGCAUAUAUGGCCUUAUAAAUAUGUUACAAAUGUUUAAAAGGUUAGAAUAAUGCUUUUGGGAACACAGUAAAUUACCGUACUUUUUGCACCAUAACACUCACUUUUUUCCUCCUAAAAAGUAAGGGGAAAUGUCUGUGCGUGUUAUGGAGGGAAUGCCUGCGGGUGGCAUGCCUACGGAUUUUCGUCCUCUAAAAACUACGUGCGUGUUAUGGUCGGGUGCGUGUUAUAGAGCGAAAAAUACGGGUAAGUAUCCAGGCAUCCACCUUGUGGUCUGGAGAAAGUAUAAAGAUAUCCUCCAGGUGGCGAGACAAGGACACAUUUGAAAGCUCAAAAUGGACUGCUUUGUUGGGGAAUGUUUUUUAAGGCAUUGGCAUGCCUACAGUGUGAAUAGUGGACAGGUGGAUAGUAAAACAUUUGUGGGUACCAGCAUUUCUUGGUUUAUUUGCAAGGCUGAAGUAAUAGAAUAUGGAAAAGUAACCAUUGCUGAAAGUGAGCACUACAGAAUUGGAAUAGUCUUGUCUACAUGAAUGGGUUUGAAACCUCUGGGCCAGAAUUUAGUUUUACAUUAAGAGCUUGUCCUAGCCCAGUGAAAUAAUUAAAAAAAAAGUUUCAUUUGACCUUUAGCCAAAUUUUUUUUUUUUUUUAAUCUUCUAUUUCAGUAGCAUUUAAAGCCCUUUUGGAUUCAUAGAACUAGUUGUGUAGUUCUUUGGAACUUAGUUCAAGAAUUUGUCCAUUACUAAAGAAGUCAAAUCAAAGAGUGCAAGGGCUGAAACAAACAAUUGCAGUUUCUUUUGAAAAACUUUGAAGCCUUCUUUUACUUAUUUAUAUUGGAGGUUUACUUAAUCCUUUAGUACCAAGGAAGUCAGAAACUGUCAGUGACAGAACAGCACUUAAGUGAUCAACUACAUUUUGAUGUGACUCCAGAAGUGUAUUCUGUCAUAUAGUACUGAGAUUAAAUUGGAACUUGAUGUUUCUUUAUAGGAAAACUACAGUCCUUAAUUGGUUCAUUAAUAACUAUAUUUCUCAAAUCUUUUCUUUUCUGGAUAGUGUGCCUACAUCAGCCAGUGCGCUGUUUAAGUAAACCUGGAGAAUUAAGACAGGAGUAUGAAGAAGAGAUAAGCAAGGUAAAUCUAGAAAGCUGUGUGGGACCCACUAAUAGUCAGUUUUCAGAAAAAAACCACAAAAGCUUCAGUCAAAAGAAAAAGCUUUUGGCUAUGGUGUUCAGUCUCUAAACUGCAAGAAAAAGUCAGAAAUAAGUUAUGAUAUACUCUUACUUCAGGCAGAAGCAGAACGAUUGGCUCAUGAAGAAGAAGCAAGCAAUGCAAGCAAAGAGUAUAUUCAGAGGCUAUUGGCAGAAGAGGAAGAAGAGCAGAGGCUCGCAGAAGAAAGGAAAAAACAGAUGGAAGAACAAUUACUACUAGAUGAAAUAUUGGCACGGAAACUAAGUUGCGAUCUGGUAAGUAGCAGCUUGAUGGUAGACAACUCAGUUCAAUUAAAUUCUCAGGACAGAAUGCGCCCCAUCAUAAAGGCUUUCACUUAUUCAGUGAGGCAUCCCCCUUCCCCCCAGUGCCUCCUGAAAUUGGCUUAGAGCGGAUCAAGAGAAUACCCCAGAGUAGCGCACAGAGCAAGGAGAGGGGAAGAUUGUUCCAUCUGGCAAGCUAUAAUGCUUGUGCAGACAGAAUGUUCCAAAAAGUGUGACUUAGAAUACCAUCACUUUAUUUUCUCAAGCCUUAAAAUUUGAAGAAGGUACAUACCAGGCACCUUUUCAAUGUUACCUAUCUAAAGAACCUAUAUAUGCCCCAAGAUGGGCUCAUCAGCAUGGGAAGGCAGCCUAUCUAGGAGAAGGAAAACUGAUCCUAAACCUCUGCUGCCUUGCAGCUAUACUCAUUUGUGAGAAAGGCUUUGGGAGUAAACCCAGAGCAAAAUACCUCUACCUGCUACUUUGUGGGACAUCUUUGGGAGAAGAAAAGGCUAAGAAGUAAACAGUACAUAAAUUCAACGUCCUCAAGGCAGUUGGAUGGUGUCUUGUAUGCCUCUUUCUGGCAACUCCUGCAGCCAGAAAGCUGGUACAAAGUGUAUUGCUCUACUUCCCUUUGGACCACAUCAGUGAUGCUGAGAGGGCUCUUGUCAUCUGAGCAGCCCAGGGCCUCCAUGCAUACUGCCCAGGCUAGCACCUUGGAGAGGUCACUUCUGUGCUGCUAAUGCAGUAGAAACAAUGCAGGAGGCAGCAGUUAAGAAUUACCGGUCUCUGCAGCCACAGCAGCCGCUAUGAUUCUCCAGCAGUUUGACAUCAUCUCUGGAGGACUAAUCCAUUUUCUUUUGAGGCAGAUGGAUGCCAACAUUUAUCUGCUUUCUGCGUAAAAAGUAGAUAUUAUCAACGUAUUGAACAUUUAUUCUAUGUAGUAUGCUUAUUUCACUAUCCCAAUGUAACAUUUCCCCCUGGUUUCACAAGAUCUACCUCCUUUGACUAUUCUGAUUAAUCUGGAAUUGAAAAAAGCUGUGUUAAAAAUUAAAAGAUGUAACUUGGAAGAAUUCUAAGUUUUGAAAUGACUACAGAUUACACAUUUAUAUUACAAAUGCAGGAAAUUCCAACCUAUUACUUUUAAUUUAAAUUAGUGGGCUUCACUUGUGAACAUUUUUCUUUAAUAUUCCUACUUCUAGUUAAGAAUCUAAUGCCUGUUAUGAAUGAAUCUUAAGAUUAAACCUAGAAGUGUUCCUAGCGAAAUGAGCACAUAUUGAACCAGGUAAAAGCCAAAACCCAUUUUCUUCCAUGAUGGGAGGUGGUGGCAAUGAAAACCCACUGGAUUCUAUUGUAGAUGGGAGGAAAGUUCCACCUGGGUUUGGUCUCGGUAACAGGGGUUUCUUUCAUUGGUGUUUUACAUUAGAGCCUACUCAGAGAUUCUGUCCCUGAAUUCUUCAGUCAGUUGUUUCUGAGGGGGGUGGGUUCUGCCCUCUUCUAUCACAAUAUGCUUCUUUUACACCUCCCUCUUAUUAGGGAGAUUUGGUGGGUGAUGGCCUCAUGAUAGCAUUUUAUUUCAACACUCUGGGAACUCUGUAUGAUAUAAAUAAGGGCUCUAAGAGUUUCCUUUGUUGGGAACAGUACGGAUAUAUUAGAGUUUGUUUAUAAUGGUUUAAAUCAUUUGCAUGUAUUAGGAUUGUAUUAAAUUGUGCCAAAAGACUAAUGACUGUAUAAAAACAUGUUUAUUUAUAUUGAUGUGCUUUUUUGUCAAUACAGAACAGCUCUGCUGAGGAGCAAAUGAACAGCAGCCUGUCACAUGGACCCUCCCCCUCUGAUUCUGGCAAAACAUCAAAAAGCAAAAGCUGCAGUUCUGUGGACAUUAAAAAGUAAGUUGGAUCCAGUAAUUUGUCUCUUGGUUUCUUGGUUUCUUGGAUAUAAUUCGUUAUAUACACCAUGGAAGGAGAAAUUUAACAGUAUGAUAAUAGGAGCUUUAUGAUAUGACUUUAUUUUGGCAGUUUUCAAUUGAUGGGGUUGUGGUUUUUUUAAAGAAACAAUAUGAAGGUGGUGCAUUUUCUCAUUUUGGAAAACGUGGCCUAGUUUGGACUUCCCCAAGCUGGUUCUGACCACAUGCUUUUCCACCGUCACUCCUGGCAGCAUAAGCAAUAUAAAAAGCUUAGUUUUAUAACAUUUUGCCACAUGCUCUGCUCUUAGAUUGCAGUCUUAGUCCCACUUACCUACUGACUUCAGUAGGACUUACUUCUGAAUAGAAAUAGGAUUGCAUUAAGUUAAGAAUUAUGCUGACUUUGCCUUAAGACUUUGUUCUUCACAUGCUGUAAAAGUGUACUUAUGUUCCUUUUUCCUUAAGGUAUUUGUCUCCAAAGCCCUUUAAUUCCUUGCCUCCAAAGAAGUGCUUUAAAAAUUGGCAAGAAGAACAUUCUGGCUCCUUUUCUGAGGUAAUGUAUACAUAUAUUGAUUCCUGUGGAGUAUAAAGAUUUCAGCAUUCUCAUAUAAGUACAUGUGAUAUCUAUGUGAAUUUUAAUAUCCCAUACAUUUCCAUACUCCAUAUUGCCAAUAUGAAUGCCAGUUCUUUUUCAUAUUUAUAACAUGAGUACAUGCAAAAUCUUUUGGGAAUAGUGAACUGUAUUUGACAGCUAUAAUUUGCACAUUUCUUUCUUCCAGGAGAGCAGCAACACUAAAAACAUCUGUACAUCAAGAGAAAAGGGAAGAGAAAAUGAAAUGCCCACACUAUCUCCACAGGCAAUCAGGGAGGCAAAGAGAGGUGCGGAUGGUUAUGACUAUAAAAAUGAGAGUUUUACAAUAGACAUGCAGUUGAGAACAUCUCAAGAAUCCUUCCCUGAAGCAGCAGUUGAUUCAUACUUAAAUGAUAAAAGGAAAAGAACUUUCUCACAAACUGAUGAUGAAGAAGAGAUGGAUGAUAUAGAAAGGCAGAUAAGUUUGGAGCAGCAGUUUUAUGAAAGGCAAAAGCAAGAAGAAGAGGAUAGACGUCUGGCUCUGAAGCUUCAGAGGGAAAUGGACAAAGAACAGAACAUGCUAAAUCGCAAAAAAGGGUCUCCAGAUGAAUACCAUUUGCGUCCUACAACAUCUCAGUCAGUAAAAGAAUCUCCAGUUGCAAGGAAACGGAGCAGGCUUUCAAAGAACUCAAAGUCUUCAAACAGCCCACUUGAAACAGAUAAGCGAAAACUACACAGAAGCUCCCACAAUGAGAACUGGAAACCCUCUAACCAGCUCCAGGCAAAGUCACCUUCUGUAAAAGGAGGAAAUGUUUUGAAUUGUGUCAACAGCUCUAACUCAAAAGAUGCAGAAGUGCUUUCAGGCAAGCAAAAAACAAUUCUUCAGAUGUUUAAGAGGCCUGCGACAAACUAGAUGAACAGUAAUACUUUCAUGACAUUGAUUGGAGUUAAUGAAGGGGCACUGUUGAAAAGCUGACCUAGUCAAACAAUUAUUUCUUCAGGGAUCAAGUGCUUUCAGAAUUAAUGGGAGACUUGAUUGGGAAUCAGUUGUGCCUGCUGUAUGCCCACUUGCUUUUACUUGUUGCAAUUCACUUCUUUAAUGCAUGCAUGGUAACAGGUUGCUCUGAAUGUCAAGAGAGAUGUUUGUUUAAAACCAUCAUGCACUACAGCUCAUGUAGUGUUCACUGUGUAAUCAAACCAGUUUCCUAUUACCCCCUCCCAGUUCCCUACCACAACAAUAGUAAGAAAAUUUGAAAAGAUAUGUAAACUUGGCUUGAACUGAGACAUCCCUCUGUUUGAUGGGUCAGUAUAACCUUGACACUGUUGAUGAUGUUGAUUCAGACUUACACUUUUAUUGCUGGAACACAUAGCAAAUGACCCAAAUGUCAUCCUUUACAUUGCCCCUAUAUAUAUCUGCCCUGAACUUAAGAAUUCCUAUUUUUCCCCCUAGUGUUUUUUUCUAUUUCUUGGAAUUAUUUGAUUAGAACAUAAUCCAUUAAAAUGGCUUUCAAGCUUCAAGAGAAAACUAUCCUACCUUGAAUGAAUUUCCACAGUUCAGUAGGGGAUCUUAAUACAUAUUCAAGUAAUGUCUGAAGAUGGAGCCUGUGCAUAUUCCUCCCCCCCCAUUAUUAAUUCAUAUUUUUUACAGUAAUAAGUACAUUUUCCAUAAAAAACAUGGUGACAUUAAAUAAUUUCCACAAUAUAUAAAAAUGAAUAUUACUUUCAUAUUCUAAAUUUCAUAAUAACCAUCUCCUGAGCAAUAUUUUUAUAAUGUCCUACAGUCUCUAAACUAGUUACAGCUCUGAUAAAAAUGAAACUUAAAGACCCCUCCCUGAACCUCAGAGUUAGUUUGACGAAAUGAAGAUUAUUUCAAAAAUUUCCUAGCCAAUGUUAUGUAGAAGACUUCUCAGUUAUUUUCUCCUUUUUUUGGAAUAUUUGCUGUAGAUAAUAUAUUAAUCAGAAGUUAAGAUCAUCUGGAAAGUAAAUCUUUAGAUACAAUUAGAGUAAGUAAUUGGACAGUCUCCUUCCACAAACACAUUAUUUCAGACUGUUUGAAUAGUACAGCAGCUCCAUCACAUUUACAGGCAACUCCCCAAUUGCACACAAUCAGCACACACGCUCUCACUGACAUGCACACCAAAAUGGUACCAAAAGGGGGUGAAAUGGGGGCUGAACAGGGGAAUCCCGUUUGCAUGCAUCCCGGAAUGGAACUGCUGCAUAAGUGGGGAUUCCCCUGUAGUUGUUUGCUCUUAAUUUGAAGCACUGCCAACUUGCAUCCAAUAUUGUAUAUAUUCAAGUGCAUUGAGGUACACUUUAUAGAAAACUGUAAAAAUAACUUUUUAGAGUUCUAAAUGAUUAAAUUCACUUU